AUGUGGCUCAACGCAUCGCGUUCGCGCGCAGCGGAUAUCGAUUGGGCUAUGUUGCCAAUGCCUGAUAACGUUGCUGUGCUCUUUUGGGAUGUCGAAAGCCUUGAUCAAGCACGCGAAGUCGCUCGUCUUUUCAAAGAGAAGAUCGGCGAAGUGAUCGUAUGCCGCGAAUGCUGGAUGUACUUCGGAAAGCCGAUAACCAUUUGUGAUGCUUUGGAGCUCGAAGAAACCUUUGUUGUUGAGCUGCUUCUUGAGGGCUUCCAUGACGAAGGCUUUAAGGCUGCCGCCGCUUAUGAUCAAGUGCUGCUGCUGCAGAAGUUCAAUGAAGACGACAUCUACGGUUGCGCGAUGAUCACGCGCACUGACGAGAACUGCCGCGGCGACGAAAACGUGCGCGCCCGGCUGCACCGCUCUUAG